GAUACUAGCAGUGUUAUAGGAAUAAGUCUCUGGUUCAGUGAGGACAGCAACAGCAAGGAGGACAUAAUAUGUACAAGUGAAAGAGCCUUUGAAAGAUUUUCUAACCUCCGUUUCUUACUUAUCCAUGGCAAAGAAUUCAAAGAAGCCAUCAAUUCCCGGAGUCUGAACUAUAUAUCUCGAAAACUUAGAUUUCUAAGUUGGAAGGGGUUCGGGAUGCCAUGUUUGCCUUCUAGUUUUCAUCCAGAGUUCCUUGUCAAACUAGAAAUGCCGUAUAGCAAGCUUGGGAAAUUGUGGGACGGCGUUCGAGUAACCGCUCAGACAUCUCAAGGAGAUGGUUUUGAGUUCUUCGGCAAGCUUGAAAGAGCUCCCUGA